UCUGUGGGGAGGACCUCCAGCCGCAUCUUUGAAGGCUCUUGGGCUUGUGUGAUGGGAGACCGGCUUUGAUGUGGGGGAAGAAACUAGUCUAGACGUCAGUGUUUUUAAAAAUCAAGCAGGUGUAUUUGGAGAGGUUGUGGUUUUUGAAAUUUGAAGGGAAAAGGAUGAAAGGAGCACUUGUGUUUGGGUUUUAGACCCUCCUGUGGGGUUUCUGAAACUUUUGAGUCUCUUCUCAGCUGGAAAAAAUCUUUAUUUGGCUCAUUUUCUUUUCUAAUUAAGUGCCUGAGGGCAGCCAGCCCCUGACAGCCCGUCCCCGAGGCUGCCGCUGCGCUUGAGUCUGCGUGGGGCGUCUUCCCCGUGGGAGUGUCCUGGCACGUGGGUCGGCCAGUUUGCUCCGUGGUGGCACCUUCUCGGUCGAUGUAACUAAGCCGAUGAGAGUCUAUGGGGGUGUCAGGUGUUAAUUCCUGGUGCUGACGGAUGGGUUUACUGCCGUGCCCUUGGCCGCUGCCCAGCCAGCUGCUCUUUCUGGAAGGUGCCCCGUGGGCUGCGGUCUCCUGCGCCAAGUAACCACCACGUCACUUUGCUGAUGUUGCGAUGCUUUGAGGUUUUUCACGCGUUUGUGUUGGAACACAAGAUCCCAAACUGGGUCCCAGGCUGAGCCCCAGGGCAUAGGCGCCUCCCUCUCUCACUGUCCUCGCUCUCCUCGGUGGAGGCGGAGGUGUUUCUGCAGGUCAGUGGGGGACAGUGCUGGGAUGCUGGCCUGCAUGGAGCUGACCUGGGGGUGGGGGAAGGGCCCGCCCCCGUUAUCUCUGGGCUCUGCCGUGUCUGGGCCCCCGGAGGACUCCGCAGAUAAAUGUGUGGUGAGGAGCAGGCGCUCUCUGGCCAUCCACAGCCCUCGCCUUGUCCUGGGAAGGCUGAUCUGGUGUUGGGACACUAGCCCUGCUCCGAGGUCAGGGCCCUGGGCUCACGCUGGCGUGGUUCCAGCCCCACAAGGCCAGGGGUGGAACUCUUUUCCUGUUUCUGAAGCGCAGGUCAGGCUGCCCCCAUUGAGCGCUGGGAGCCCUGGAGGAGCGUCCUGGCUGAGGGACCACGCUGGUGGGAACGAGAAGCUGGUCAAGUUGGAGCCUGGGUUGAAGGUGUGUGGGGGCGAUGACCGGAUCGGGGCACUGACUCACAAGGUCGCGCAUCUGUCCACACUGCAGGUGGGGUCUCUCAACGUCAAGUGCCUGUCGACACCGUGCCACACUUCCGGCCACAUCUGCUACUUCGUGAGCAAGCCCGGGAGCUCUGAGCCUCCUGCUGUGUUCACAGGCGACACCUUGUUCGUGGCUGGCUGUGGGAAGUUCUACGAAGGGACAGCGGACGAGAUGUACAAAGCCCUGCUUGAGAUCCUGGGCCGGCUCCCUCCAGACACGAGAGUGUACUGCGGCCACGAAUAUACAAUCAACAACCUCAAGUUCGCGCGUCACGUGGAGCCCAACAAUACUGCCAUUCAGGAGAAACUGGCCUGGGCCAAGGAGAAGUACGGUAUCGGGGAGCCCACAGUGCCGUCCACCAUCGCGGAGGAGUUCACCUACAACCCGUUCAUGAGAGUGAGGGAGAAGACGGUGCAGCAGCAUGCCGGCGAGACGGACCCGGUGACCACCAUGAGGGCCAUCCGCAAAGAGAAGGACCAUUUCAAGGUGCCCCGGGACUGAGGUGGCCGUAGGGCCUGGGGCGCCCGUGGCCGCUGCCGCCUUCAAGCACACUUUGGGUGUUCAGAUGUUUUAGGUGAAUUUCCUGCCAGGAGUGCAGGAAAUUCAAUCUUGGCUUAAUUUUAAAUUAAUUUCAGAGCCCUUUGCCCGUGUUAUCAGAUGUUCUAAUGCAUAUUUAUAAGAGAAGUCUAGAAAGUGUAUUAUUCCC